GCUUCAACAACAAAAGAAUAUCAGUAGAGAAAUGGUUUUAGCUUGAGUACGUGGGGAGUGCGGAUAUUUUAUUGAGCAGAAAUUAAUUAUUAAAAAUAUUAAUAAUACAUAUAUAUUAAUCGAUUUCAAAACAACCAACCAUGCAUAUUAUACAUAAAUAAGUUUUUUUAAUAAAAAGAAUAAACAAAAAUAAUUAUUGGCAUACUAAAUGCCAAAAUUAAUUAAUAAAAAAGACGCGGUGAAAGUGAUUUUUUGAAUUAUGCCUUGUGACAAUACUAAAGCCUCUUCGGAGAUUGAACAUGUCGAUUGGAAUGCCGGAACUGGAUCUGGACAUCACUACGCUAAUGUCAGAUUUGGUUCCGGAAGUAGCCAAGCAUCACAAAGUAGUGGAGAUAUAUGUAGAAUUUGUCAUUGCGAAAGUGAUCCACAAAAUCCUCUACUAACACCCUGCUAUUGUUCUGGUAGUUUAAAGUAUGUACACCAAGCUUGUCUACAGCAAUGGCUUACAGCAUCGGAGACAAAUUCCUGUGAAUUAUGCAAAUUUCCAUUUAUAAUGCAUACCAAGAUAAAGCCGUUUAAUGAGUGGCGCAGCCUUGACAUCUCUGGCAUUGAAAGGAGACGACUUUGUUGUUCGGUGAUGUUCCAUUGCGCUGCUGCUCUAUGCGUAAUAUGGUCACUUUGUGUACUUAUUGAGCGUGCAGCAGAUGAUGUUCAACGUGGUCUAAUAGACUGGCCUUUUUGGACAAAAUUAGCCGUUGUUACUGUCGGUCUAACGGGUGGUGUAGUGUUCAUGUAUAUACAGUGUAAGGCAUAUUUACAUUUAUGUCACCGCUGGAAAGCUAGAAACAGAAUACUGCUAAUACAAAAUGCACCUGAAAAAAUACAUCCACUUUCGCCACCAUCUCCUACUCUACAGCAUCGUAAUCGUCAUAUGACAUCGAAUGAACCAUGCAGUUCAACUACAAAUGCAACGACUGGUUCAGUGGAAGUAAUGGCGAACGUAGCAACUGCAUCGAAUGCUUAUAAUUACGCUAAUUCAACUGGUAUUGGAGGUAAUAAUUCUGAGAUUGAUAGCGCCACAGCAUCACAUCGACUAUUCAACCAAUCAUGUUCUCAAACAUCACCUCACCAUAUGCUACAACCUGUUGAUCUAGAUAUAGAUCCAUUGGCGCCUCGUACUUCUUCCUCUGGUAUACAUCAACAAAUGCAGCACCUGCUACCUCAACAACAAGUGGCUGUUGCUGCAAAUAUAGAAUGUUCUCAAUCGCAACAUAACUAUGAGCGUGAUUGGGCUUUAGAUGAUGUAGUCUCACAGAUCUCAUCAUUUCGACCUUGCCCACAGGGCUCGGGUAGUAUGACACCAUUUCAUGAUUCCAUACAUAACGUUUUAGAAAACUCGGAAGGUUCUAGUCGUGUUUCCAUAAAUGAUGUGUGCAGUGGUUCACGACAAGAUUUGAGUACAGGCGGUAUAUCCACAGAUACAGGACGAGAUCAUGCAUUACAAUUAACUAGUUACAGCGGUAGUGGAGAACAUAAGGCACCAUCAAUCAGUUCUGGUGUUUCGAAUGCUGUAGAAAAGAUCUGGUGCGGUUUUUCGUAUGAACCACAUUCUAAACGUUAUUCAAAUUCAUCAAUUUAUAUUGAGAAUCGUGAUAUAUUAAACGAUUCUACACUUGGCUAUGAAACGACAUGUGAGGAUGAUUUUUCUCAACAUAAUUAUCGACAUUCUAGUAUAUUAACACCAAAUCAUGAUAAUUCCGAUCAAUUAGAAAAAUUUUUAGGCGAAGAUUUACGUAGAUUUUCAGAUACAAAACUGCUGGACAGUACAGAAACAGAUACGCUUGAUCCAAUAUUGUACAAAACUAAUAUUAAUGCAGAAAACAAUGAAAUAUCUACUAGUAAACGAGUACGUCAAUUGCUUAAGCAACAUUCAGCUACAGCUGCAGAUACUGUACUUGAUAUAGAAUUACCAACAUCACCACUUUCACCACCAGCAGCUUACGCUGGACAAUGCCAGCAAAUACCAACACUACGACGUUCAAUGCAAACCUUUGAAGUAGGCGGCUUAAAUUUACAACAAAAUAAUCCAAAUUGUAAUACCGCCCAAACCGCCCAACAAAUCGAUAAAGCACGACUUUUUUUUAAAUCGUUGCCAAAUUUGAGUAACAGUUGUGAAAAUUUGCUCAGAAAAUAAUUACAUUACAACCACACCACACAAGGAGCCAACCUGACAAAAGUUAUAAAUAUGAAAAUAAGGAUAAAGCGCAGAUGUUUACAAUUUUAUGCGCAUCUUUUUUGAAAUACGUCCACUUUAUGCGUACAUAAUAUUUAUUAUAAGAAAUUAUUAGAAAUUUAAUUAAUAAUGAACAAAUAAUUUUUAAAUUAAAACAACAAAAAAUAAAUGAAUAAGUAAGAAAUGUAAACAAUUUUGCUGAAUUAUUAUAUUAGUAAAAUUUUGUUAAUGAUAGACAAUGUAC